AUGGCUGUAGCACAACCUUCUCCAUCUUCUGCUUCCCCUAUAGCGGAUAGUAGAAAUGCCAGAACAAGGCGCAAAAAUAUAAUCGACCAGAAGAAAAAGUCUAAGCAGUUGAUAGAUGCUCUCAAUAUCAGUAAAAUGCCUGAUUUAACAGAUAAUAGAAAUGCCAGAACAAGGCGCAAAAACUUAAUCGACCAGAAGAAAAAGUCUAAGCAGUUCAUAGAUGCUCUCAAUAUCAGGAAAAUGCCCGAUUUAACAGAAAUUGAUGACGCACCUGAUAUGACGAUGCAUUCCACCCUCACUGCGUUAUCUAAUGAGCACUCAAUAUCACGGUGGAAAUAUCGUUCUAUAAGAAAUACCCCAAUUGAUGUUGGUGAACUAAGGAACGUCUCAUCUAAUGAUGAUACUGAUUUCAACGAUCAUCAUUUACCAAACAUUGCGUCUGUUAGUGAAGAUUACUGGGACGUAGGGGAUCCUACUUUUGUUUGCGCUCAUUGUGGAGCACACAUGUGGUAUGAAGAGAGAUUAAGAAAAGAACGUAAAGCUAGCACGCCAGCUUUUAGUCUAUGUUGCGCUAAUGGAAAAGUGAAACUUCCUUUGUUAAAAGUUGCACCCGAUACGUUGAUUCAAUUGCACGAUAAUUCCAAUAAUAGGAGUCGCCAUUUCUUACGGAAUAUUCGCGCGUACAACAUGAUUUUUUCCUUCACCUCCUUCAAAGCUAAAGUAGUUGGAUCAGUAAAUCAAGGUUCUAGUCCUUAUUGUUUUAGAGUUGGGAGACGAGUGCAUCAUUUAAUGGGCAGCCUUCUUCCGCCCGAUAGUCAGACUCCAAAAUUUGCGCAGCUUUAUAUUUAUGAUAUUGAUCAUGAAGUUGACAACAGAUUGGGUUCCCUAAGUUCCACCAGGAGUGAAGAUAUGCUUGAUCUCGAUAUAGUGCAAUCAUUGAAGGAGAUGUUGGAUAAAUAUAAUACUGUUGCCCAAUCUUUCCGUUAUGCAAGGGACCGUUACAAGGAAGAUGACUUCAAUGGUGUGAAGUUGAGGCUUAUUCGAAGACGUGGCAGUGAUGGAAGAGUUUAUAAUCUUCCAUCCGCAUCUGAAGUUGCUGCUCUGAUUGUUGGAGACAUAGACAGUGCACUGGGUGAUAGAGACAUCAUUAUUGAGACACAAAACCGACUUCUACAGCGCAUAGAUGUCAAACAUCCAUUAUAUCUUGCCUUGCAGUAUCCUUUGUUAUUUCCUUAUGGUGAAGAUGGUUAUCGUGAUGAUGUCCAACGUACUUCCAUCUCCAGUGGUAGAACAAACCCAAGAUCAACGAUUAGCAGGAGAGAGUUCUUUUCCUUUCGACUCCAGAUGAGAUCCGAAGAGUCCGAAGUUCUCACUCAAUCGCGACAACUUUUCCAGCAAUUUUUGGUUGAUGCUUACACUAUGAUUGAGCAUGAACGCCUUAAUUUCAUCCGCUAUAACCAAAAUCAACUCAGAGUAGAGAUUAACAAAAAUAUAAUACAUGCUUUUGAUAGAGGGGAAGAUAGAGCAGAUAGAACUGAUGUUUGUACAAUCAAAUUUCAGAAGCGUGGACUGCCUUAUGCUUAUAUCCUAGUAUUCCUUCACCCUUCUAACAAGCCUGAUACUGGACUUGAUAUUGAUAAAUUGAUAUCGGCUGAGAUUCCUAACAAGGAAAUCAAUCCUUCUCUGUUUGCAGUUGUCACAAGUUACAUGAUGCAUGAGCCCUGUGGUCCUGAGAAUUACAAGUCACCGUGCAUGAAGGAGGGAAAGUGUUCGAAGAAAUUUUCGAAGAAGUUUUGCUCCCGUACGAUUAUUGACGAUGACAGAUUCCCUCAUUAUAGAAGAAGAAAUGAUGGUAGGGUUGUCAAUAAAAAUGGGGUUGAGCUUGAUAAUCGUUAUGUUGUGCCAUAUAGUGCAAAGCUUCUCUUAAAGUAUCAAGCUCAUAUUAAUGUUGAAUAUACGUGUCAGAGUAGUGCCAUUAAAUAUCUUUUUAAAUAUAUUCAUAAAGGCAAUGAUCGAGUCACGGCAGCUAUACAUCAUUCAAACGAUGAAAUAAAAAAGUUUUAA